GUCGGGGCGGCGCGGGCGCUGCUGGUACUGGGCAGGGGCGCUGUGCUGGGAAGACGAGAGGGAGCGCGUGGCCGGGCUCGGUUCUCCGGAGGGAAUGGCGGAUGCCGUGAUCCGCAGUGGCGGCGAGAUGGAGCCGGAGCAGCAUCAGCGGACGGAGAAGACCAGCGCGGGCGUCCUCGGAGCGGAGAGUAACAGAGCGGGAGCCGCUGAGGACACCACACAAAAUGGCGGGCGCUCUGAGAGCGGUAGCGCUGGGGAGGCGCUGCUGGUGGCUGCUGUUGCUGCAGAGGACAAGGUCCCCACAAACCUCAGCAUCAGUAGCAGCAGCCAGCGCAGGAGCAGCAUCUCGACGGCAAAUGAACAACAGCGGCAGCAGCCGCCCAGCGGUGUGCUCGUGGGGCCGCCCCCUCUCCCUAAGCCCUCAGAAGACCACCAGCCUCUUAGGAGGAACUUUCACAUCCCCAGGAAGAGCAGAGAAAAGAAAGAACUCUUUCAGCCAUUACUUCCAGAUUCUCGAGAGUUUGAGGAUAUUUUGAGGAUUCUGCAUUCUUCCUACUUGGAUGCAAAUUCAGUGUCCAAUUUUAAAUACAGGAAAGCCAGCUUAGUUCAUAGUGAGCUGUUGGAAAAGGAAUUCACAGAAAAACGCAGAGAGCUGAAAUGCGAUGGGCGCCUGGAGAAGGAGCUCUUGGAAAGUUACGCCUUCCUCAUGGUGGAUCGGUGCCAGAUCCAGAGCAUAUGUGAAAAGGGGCUGCAGGUUGGCCACUCCAAAAUCACGAUUCUCGGCAACCCUUCCAUGGGUGUAUAUAUCUCCAAGUAUGCUGAUUUAUUGCAGCCUAAUCCUCUAGAAACUGGAGCAACUGGAGAUGUGAUUGUUUUUAAAAUAAUCAAGGGAAAGAUGAAAAGCAUGUAUGACAACAUUGGAAUGACAGCAAUGGAGUCGACUGUCAAGGGCGUGUUGGAUCCCACCCCAAAGCACGAGUGUCAUGUUUCAAAGAGCGCAAAUAAAGUCACCUCCUUGCUGGCUUACCGAGCCUAUGAACUCACUCAGUACUACUUUUAUGAAUAUGGCUUUUAUGAAUAUGGCUUUGAGAUCAGGCAAAGACCAAGACAUGUUUGUCCUUAUGCUGUUGUUUCAUUUACUUAUAAAGAGGACAUGGUACAAGGACCAAAAUUUGUGCCUCCAUCAAGAACAAACACCUUCCACACAGAUAGAAGUACAGAGAAAUGUAGCAUUACAUUGUGGAGGGGACAGAUUUGCAAUAAAGGCAAACUUGUGUGCCACGUUUCCCUAAAAUCAUCAGCACAACUUUUCCUUCCAUGCAAGCUUCCUGAGAAGCUUGAGGUUGAAAAAGUUGCAAACAUUGAUCAGUUGAAGAAAAAAAUUUCACCAGCAGUGUUUUUUAAAGAAACUUACCAAGGAGGAAAAGAAGUGCGGAAGAAUGGCAUGUACUGUAGCCUGUAUGAAGUUGUGGAGAAGUCCCGUUCUGGGAGUCACUUAGAGGGUUUGCUCCAAAAACUAGAGAGAGAGAAACUUGUGCUUGUGAAACCACUUGCGGACAGAGGAUUUCUUUUUCUUCUUUCUCCUUGGCAAAUGAUGUCCCCUUAUGACCACCAGACUGGACGGUCCCGUGUGCUUCAUGCAUUGUUUCUGUUUCCAGAGCCUAGAGGUGUAACUAAUUCAGCAGCUCAAAAAGGUGUUCCAUGUGGAACACAGAAAAAUUCGACUACCAUGGUUUUGCACGAAAAAAAGGAAAUCAUUCCAGAAUUCACAAAGAUGAUUCAGUCUCUGCAUUUUGCUUUAAUCCAGUCCCGUAAAGAAAGGGGUCCAGGUUUCAUUACUGUCGUGGAAAAGUACAUACAUCAGUACUUUAAAAAACUCUACAAUGGCUCUGGAAGAGGUAGAGAAUUUAUAUUCCGUGAGUACUCAACACGACUGGAUGACAAAAAAUUUCUGCACCCUGCCCCAAAAUGCAAAGAUCACCUUAACCCCUGCUUGCGGAGCUAUAUUUUUGGCAGGGAGGCCUAUCAGCUCCCCCCUUCCAGAGUUAAGGAACUGCUGGACAGAAAUCGGAGGCCGCAGCGCUUCAGUCCCAUCUCAGAUUAUGAAGCUGCAGAAAAUUACUCCGGCUUUGCCAAGGCACAACGUGGGAAAAGAAUCCAUCCCAAAUAUGAAGCCACUGCAGCCAAACAAAAACUGCCUCCUUCUGGAGAAUAUGAUACUGAAAGAAUCAAAGAGCUUAUUAACUUGAUCCAGUGUAGGAAGAAAAACGUCGGGGAAGAUUCUGAUUCUGAAGACCCCAGAAGUAGAAGUGGUCUGAAAAGAAAGCUGGAAGAACAAUCUGAAAAUAUACAGAAAUACCUAAAAAUGAGUGACUCUGCAGAGAAUAUUUUUCAGUAUGAAGGGGGUAGAACCUUGGAUUCACCAUACUCUGUGUUGUCAAUGAAUUCUGACCACGGUGGCCGCGAGAGCGACUUCAGGCAGGCGGCCGUGCCUGGCCCUGGUGCCAGCCCGCAGGGGCUGAUCAGAGUGCUGCUGGAGAUGCUGGCCCCGGAGAUCCGCUGGGACCCGGAGCUGGCACGCUCCGUCAGCCAAGCCUUUCCAUUAGGCACUGAGGAGACUGAAGAGGACACGAGACAGAGAUACGAAUGUGAAUCCAUUCCUGCUCAGGACAGAGAUGAUCACAGCACUGAUCCCAGCAGUGCUCAGGCUGACAGCGUUACCUUCAGGGACCCGCAGAGCCCGGCCGUGCUGGAGCCUGAGGCGCCGUGCUUGCGCUACCCCGUGGAUGUCAGUCUGCAGCUCCCGCCCGACGAAGCAGCCCUUGAGCACACGCUACCUUUACAAGAAGCGAGCGCUGGGAGUACCUUUGAAGACUACAGUCCUUGUCCUAGUGCUCCUGUAGAACAUGGCUAUCUCAGGCAAGCUCCCAGCUCAAAUAGUGUAGGGGAGGUUGGAAUGCACUGGAAACUUAUCCCAAUCACAGGUCUGAAAUCACCAGAAGAGCCACUGGAGUACUUGCCACCAAUGGAUGCGCUUCCUAAUGACCCCCGGGUAGUAAAUCGACAGAGAAAUUCCGAUUCUCAGUUGCCGUGCUCUCCAUUUUCAGACACGCAGAAGGGGACAGCAGAAGAUGGACAUUACACAGGACAAGUGGAGAAACUUGAAGAUCAGUAUGAGCUAACAGAUCACCCUUUUACAGCUGAGCAUUCCAUUAGUGCAGUAAUAGAGACAGCGCUGUUAGAAGAGUAUAAGCUCUUUGCAAGAAAGAUUCAAGAAAUUUUGCAGCAAAAGAACAUUGCUUAUAUCAGCGGCAUGUCCACACCAGUCCUUUCCGCCCAGGAGAGGAUGAUGAGACUUUCUGAACACAUGUGUUUGCAGGCAUCAGAGAUUUCUGUCCAAGAAUAUAUAGAGAACCUGAGUGAGAAGCUGAAUAGUGUCAUUUUGGCUUCUUCGUGCAUGAGGCAGCCUGCCCCGGUUGAUUGCAGUCCUGAGGCUCUGGAGGUGGUGGGCAGCUCUGCCCCCGGGCCCGUGCCUGACGCGCUGGCCGCGUGCAGGGACGGCGACACGGCGCCGCUCCCAGAGCCACCGGGCACUAACCCGGGGCAAGAGCCGCGUUCUCAUGAGCAGCCUUCAGCAAGCCUGCCCCUAGGGAAGGACAAAAUGGGUCAUGGGAGUGCUAAACCAGAGGAACCGACUUCUUCUGGUGGUGAUCUCGUGGAACAGCCGGAAAAGACUCAGAAAUCCCCUGAGAACUUAAAUAUCUCAACUCAACCAGCUUUUUCUGAUUUUAUAAGCCAGUUAAAACCUGAAGUAUUUAACAGUUUGGUCAAAAUUAUGAAAGAUGUACAGAAAAACACUGUCAAGUUUUAUAUUCAUGAAGAGGAAGAAAGUGUUCUCUGCAGAGAAAUCAAGGAAUAUCUUAGAAAUUUAGGGAAUACAGAGUGCCAUCCAGAGCAGUUCCUUCAAAGAAGAGAUGAUUUAGAUAAACUGUUGAUCAUUAUCCAAAAUGAAGACAUUGCCAACCUCAUCCAUAAGAUCCCUGGCCUGGUGACUCUGAAGAGGCUCUCCUGUGUCAGCUUUGCAGGGGUCGAUAGUUUGGAUGAUGUGAAAAAUCACACUUACAAUGAGCUGUUUGUGUCUGGGGGUUUUGUUGUGUCGGAUGAAUCUGUCCUUAACCCAGAGUCCAUCACUACAGAUAAACUAAAACAAUUCCUAAUGUUUCUGGAGGAUCUCAGUACCCCAGAUGGAAAAUGGCAGUGGAAAGUACACUGCAAAAUACAAAAAAAGCUAAAAGAGCUGGGGAGGAUGAAUGCCAAUGCCCUGAACCUGCUCACCCUUCUGAACACCUAUCAAAAGAAGCACUUGGUUGAGAUUCUCUCUUACCAUAACUGUGAUUCUCAGACUCGAAAUGCUCUGGAACUUGACUGUCUCAUCAGGCUUCAGGCUCAAAACAUACAACAGAGACACGUUGUCUUCCUAACAGAAAAGAAUCUCAAGGCGCUCUCGAGUUACCCUGAUAACGGUAUAGUGGUUGCUGCUGUCGAUGACUUCAUGCGGAACUUCAGGAGUCUCGUUGGGUAUCACAACUCUGUCCCUGAGCAGAACCACCUUCCUCCCUGCACUGCUGGCCAAAGGCAAUCAGUUCUUGUAGAAAAGGAUGAAAAGGAUGAGGAGGACAUGUCUCUGGAUUCAGGGGAUGAAUUGUCAGAAAUAGAAAUCUGCAGUGAUGCCUCUAAGUAUGAUACUCAUGUGGAAGCUUUGCAGACAGAGGCCAAGGGCCCACAUGGAGUAGAUGCUAAAGAAAGCUGCUUAUCAGUUACAGAGUUAUCUCCCGAAGCACAAACUGGCCUUGUGGAAAAGACUUACAAAACUGACUUGGAAGAGAAACAGCCAAUUACUCCAGUUUCUACAACAUGCUCUGCUGAAGGAGAAAAACACAAUGCGGUUGAACAAACUCCUUUCAGUAACUUCCAGGUUUAUAGCAGACAAUUAAACAUGUCCCAUCAAUUCAGCCACUUUAAUGUACUCACUCAUCAGACUUUUCUGGGAACAACAUACUCAAUUUCUCCAGCAAAUCAAAACCAAGAAGGGAGCAAUUAUUUUCUAUCUGCCUACAGUCAGAGCAUGGAUACAGAAAAGUCAUCGUCACCCGGUGGCUGGGAUAGCUGCUGUGAUUCUUCCAGGCCAUAUUCAGAACAGAAAUGAACUCUUAAGUCUCUUUUUCUAAGUUGCUGUGGACUUCUCUGUUUCUAAAACGUUGGAUUAAUGAUUUCUAUUUUAUUCUGGAACAAAAUGUUUCUUGUUCUUGUUAUCUAAGAUGUUUUCACGUUCUAUUUAAAUUCCUGAUGGCCCGUCCCUGUUGGAACCAUCUGAAAAUUUAAAUAAAUACAUAUAUUUUUUAACGUUUACUGUACUUGAACUAUCUUGUUUGUUGGCACUUUUAAGUUUCUACAUUGGUGUCUGACCUGUUACCUAGGCUUCAGUUUGAGGUCUGUUUAAUGUAAAGCUGAAUGUCUGCCUAAAAUAUGUGAGCGAGCCAGUUGUUUUCUUUUUUUAACUGCAAGAGUAUCCAAGUCAUGUUUCUUUACGUAAAUAUUAAUGUAUUUAUUUGACAUUGACACAAAUUUUGUACAAUGUUUUUACAUAGCUCUAAGGCAGUGUACUUUUUUUCAUGACUAUAUACUGGAUUUUGGCUAAAUACCUCAGUUAGAGUAACCAGUGGUGCAGUUCCAUUACAAAAAAUCCAAUAAACUCUUAAUGCACAAGGGACUUGCUAA